AUGAUAGUCGGCGCCCGCUUGUGCAGCACGCUGCUCGCUCUGUUCACAACCGUGGCCUGUUUCGGUGCUAUUGCCACUGCCUCUUCGCCAGUCAUCAACGAGGGCACCGUCCCGUUUGUAUACGAAGGCGAAACGUAUCACACGUACUACAAGAUCUUUGGCAACAUCUCCACGAGCAGCCGUUCCGCUCUUGUCGUCCUCCAUGGAGGCCCAGGACUUUCCCACGACUACCUCCUCCCGAUCGCCGAGCUCGCGACGUAUGCGUCCGUCCCCGUCAUCUUCUACGACCAGAUUGGCGGCGCACGUUCGACGCACCUCCGCGAAAAAGAUCCAAGCUUUUGGUCGAUUGACUUGUUCCUUGACGAGCUGAUGAAUCUGAUAUUGCACUUCGCCGUCCAAGAUUCGUUUGAUCUCCUAGGUCAUUCAUGGGGCGGCGUCUUAGGGGCCGAAUAUGCGGUCCGCAAGCAACCCGAAGGGCUGAAACAUCUCAUCCUAUCAAACACUCUGGCAUCCUCGGAGCUGUGGGGCCGCUCGACUGCGCAGCUCAUGCAAGCAUUCCCUGAGGACGUCCAACAGGGAAUUAUAGCCGGCAUGGUAGAUCCGAACCGAUUCGGAGAGGCGAUGCGGAAAUUCAACCAGGUGCAUGGUUGCACGGUCCGGCCGAUGCCAAAAGAGUUCAUGUAUUCCUUUGAGCAAAUCUUCGGGAAAGACGGCGACACGACCGUCGCGAGCGCGCCGAUCUUGCAGGAUUGGAGCAUCAUCGACCGGCUACAUCGGAUUCGCGUGCCUACCCUUGUGAUCAAUGGUGGGAGCGACAUCGCGCAAGACUUUGUGGUAGCUCCAUUUUACCAAUACGUUCCGGAUGCCAGAUGGAUCACAUUCGAAAAUUCCAGUCACACGCCGUUCUGGGAGGAGCGGGAGAGGUAUCUGCAGGUGGUCGGCAAUUUCUUGGCAUUGGAGUAG